UGGUCUGUGGGAAACAUGGCCCCUUCCCUGCGUGGCCGCUCAUGCCCUGGCGCCAACCACGCACGCCCCAGGGCUCAGCUGGGAGCCGCCCUGCGCAGCACUGGGGUCAGCUGGCGGGGUGGGGGUGGGUGGAAGUAGGGGGUUCCCGCAGGGCGUGACGAGGCGAGGCUGGCCCGCCCGCCCUUUGUGGCCCAUAUAGUGGCUGCCUGGCAGCAAAGCUGCAGCUCGUGGGGCGGAGAGCCAGGCCUGGGCCUGCACUCGGGGAGGCGAGCAAGGGCUCAUCGACGGCAGACACGCUGUGCUGUGCCCGCUCCGGUGAGGACUAUGAGGGCACCAGAGAGGCGGGGUCAGUGGCUGUUGCACCCGCCAUGGGCGCUGCCAACCCUGCUGCUAGCGCUGGCCGUGCGCGGGACAGCGGAUACACCCACGUACCCGUGGCGGGACACGGCGACGCAGGAGUGGCUGACUUGUGCCCAGUGUCCCCCGGGCACUUUCGUGAAGCGGCCGUGCCGCCGUGGCCAACCCACGACCUGCGAUGCGUGCCCGCCGCGCCACUACACGCAGUUCUGGAACUACCUGGAGCGCUGCCGCUACUGCAAUGUCAUCUGCGGGGAGCACGAGGAAGAGGCGCGGGCGUGCGGCGCCACCCACAACCGCGCCUGCCGCUGCCGCCCGGGCUUCUUCACACACGCUGGCUUCUGCCUGGAGCACCAGCGCUGUCCGCCCGGCGCCGGAGUAACUGCCCCGGGCACCCCCAGCCGGAACACGCAGUGCCAGCCCUGCCCCGCUGGUACCUUCUCAGCCAGCAGCUCGAGCUCUGAGGAGUGCCGCCCUCACCGCAACUGCACGGCCCUGGGCCUUGCCCUCAACGUGCCGGGCUCCUCUUCCCGGGACACCCUGUGCACCAGCUGCGCGGGCUUCGCGCUCGGCUCCGGCAGUCCCGGAGAGCCAGGGACCGAGGAGUGCGAGCGCGCCGUCAUCGACUUCGUAGUUUUCCAGGACAUCUCCUUCAAAAGGCUACAGCGGUUGCAGCGGGCCCUAGGGGGCCCAGGGGCCCCCAGUCUGUCCCCAUCCAGGGAGGGCCGCGCGGCGUUGCAGACGCAGCUGCGGCGGCGGCUCUCGGAGCUUGGCGAGGCGCCGAGGACGCCACUGCUCGCACAGCUGCUGGCAGCUCUGCGUGCCGCGGGGCUGCCAGGGCUGGAGCGCGGCGUCCGCGCGCGCUUCCUCCCAGCGGGCUGAGCGACAGCCCCGCCCUAGUCGCGGCUUAUUCUACACUGUGCCCUUCACACCCAGUCCCGCGCCAGCAUGGCCCUCAACCGCACCAAAGAAGACUUCUCGGUUUAUUCUAUAAAACCAUUCCUUAAA